CAGCCUUGGAGGAGGGACGAGAGAGGAGUACCUCAGCCCACCGCGGGAAGCAGUGCCCGGAUGCUCUGGGUGACCCAGGUUGCAGCUUCCUCCGUAAUAAAUCCUGGCAGCCAGGAAUGGAAGAAGAGUUAAGAGGAAGACUUCUUCUUAAGAGUCUCUGCAGAGAAGCUCUGUCUCUGUUCCUUUGUGCUGCUCAGGCCUAACCAAACACCUCACCUACAUGCAAGAAAGAGAGGGAGCCCCUGCAGGUUGUGGGUUUUCCGUGCCUGUAACUGAUACCACCACGUCAGCCCAAAUGGACGGAUGGAUUUGUUCCUUCUCUUUCCUUUUCUUCUGUGCUUCUUCCCUGCCAUUGCUGGGAAAUGCAAAUCUGCUGCAGGAGUUGGGCCCCCAGGAGUAUUUCAGUAGCUUGCAAGCUGGCAGAGCGUCCCUGGCUUUUUUCAGCCACAAUGUUUUUCCCAGUGCCCAGCCCUUCUUGGAACAGAUUGAGAACUCGGUUGAGGCUCUCCAGGACUAUGGGAUUUCAGUGGUGAAGGUUAACUGUCCCAAAGAAGAUGUCUCAAGAUACUGUGGGAAAGAAAAUGCGUUAAGGAAAGCCUACCUGUUCAGAGGUAACAUACUCAUCAGAGAGUUCCCUACUGAUGCCUUGUUUGAUGUGAACUCCAUUGUUGCUAAUGUUCUGUUUGCCCUGCUCUUUAAUGAAGUUAAAUAUGUUGAAACGCUAGCAGAUCUUCAGAACAUAGAAAACUCACUGAAAGGGAGGUUGAACAUGGUCUUCGCAUAUGUGCCAGCUACUGGGACAGCAGAGCACAGAGCUGUGAUGGAGGCGGCUUUCGUCUAUGGGACUGCCCACCAGUUUGUUCUGACAACUGAGGCAACACUGAUGAAAGACACUGAGUAUGUCCAACCACCAUCUCCCCCCCUGCCCGGCAAUGAUGAGCCUGAUGUGUCAUCUGCCCAGCUGUUCUUCUGCCACUGUCAGCAGGCCAUGGACCUGGCCCAGCCCUGCAGGAGGACGCCCAUGGAGCAGGCUCUCACGAUGCUGAACAUCCACAGACACCUCAAGCUCAUGGGGGCUCCCCUCGUGACAGAAGUUGCUGAGGACCCAGAGAAAGUUUCCACUGUUCACUUACAGCUUGGGCUACCGCUUGUGUUCAUCCUCAGCCAGAAAGAGACCUAUGAAGCAGACAGGAGAACAGCAGAGUUUGUGGCCUGGCAGCUUUUGGGGAAAGCAGGAGUUGCCCUUUUGUCCAGGGAUGUUGUGGAUUUGAACGUCCUGCUCCAGUCAAACGUCGCUCUCAAGACACCAGAUGAGGGUGUGCCAGUCAAAUACUUGGUUUUGGAAGACACUGAUGAAGUUAUAACCCUGGUAGAAGAUAAGAGCAAGUUUGAACAAAUCCAGGAGGAUGAAGAUGAGGAAGAUGAGGAUGAAAAAGAGAAUGAUAAUCAAGACAUUCAAGAUGAUCAGGUGAUGGAAGCAGUUUCCAGGGACAGGAAGCAAGAGCUGCCCCUGGAGCAGAUCCUUACGUUGACAGAGGAAACCUUUCACUCUGCUAUGGUUGAGGCUGCCCGGAUGGUGGUGCUGUUUUAUGCCAGCUGGGAGGCAGUGUCCCUGGCAGUGCUGCGGUCUUAUGUGGAGGUGGCUGGUCACCUGAAAGGAGCUCAGGGGAUUUUGCUCUCUCAAGUAAACUGCUGGGACUGGCCUGGGGUUUGCACAAAGGAGAACGUCACUCAGUUUCCUACCAUCAAGAUUUAUGAAAAGGGAGGGCAAUCACUGACAUACAAUGGCAUGUUGGGAACAGAAGAAUUGGCCAGUUUCAUCUUAUUGAGCCAAGUUUCCUGCCCUCUGAAGCUGUCCACAAUUGAUGAAGCAGAAGGAUAUUUAAGAGGAGAGCUUCCAUCUGGACUUUCAUCCUAUCACCGCAUUUUGGUUCUAGGAGUGUUUAGCACAGCCGCAAGUGAAGCCAGGGAAGCUUUCAUGGAGGCAGGAAACAUCUUAAGUGGACAUGUAACACUGGGGAUGUAUUUUGAAGAUGAUGCCUUGGCUUUGUGCCAUAAAUAUGCAGUGUCUCCUCCAGCCCUUCUCCUUGCCAGGAGUAGAGAUCAGAGUGUGGAAGGCAUAGCUUUGUCCAAACAGAGCGCACAGGACAUUGUGCAGAUGAUCAGAUAUGAAUUGCUGGACAUUUUUCCAGAAAUCACAGUGCAAAAUCUACCCCAGUACUUGCAACUCGGAAAGCCCUUCCUCAUCAUGUUUAGCGAUGGUGACAUUGGUCGAAUGGAAAGCAAGGAGAUGCUGAAGCUGGCAAAAGGGAGACCCCAGCAAGCAUUUGUGACUUGCUGGUUGAACUUAAAGAACACCCCUGUGGGCCACGGAAUCCUGAAGGCAUAUUUUGCCACCUUGCCUUCGUUGCCUGUUCUUCUCUGGGUGAACCUUCACACGGGGGGUCAGGUAUUCAAGUUUCCGCCAGACCAGUCUGUCACUGAAAUGAACAUCUUGUCUUGGCUGGAGAAGCUAAAAGAAGGACUGGAGAUUCCCAGCAGUACCUUAUCUGAGGAAGACUGGAAACCACCCCUUCCUGCUUACAAUUUCCUCCAGAUGAUGGAGACAACAGUGCCUGAGUUCACCCUCCACACCUACAGCCGUGAGGACACGCAGGAGCAGCAGCAGGCAGAAAGCUCUGAAGAGAAAGUCACAGUCAGAGAGGAGCAGCUCGAGGAGUCCGGGGUGAAAGCAGAGAAAGCCCAGUCCCCUGGGAGGGACCUGCGAGGGACAGCCCCAAGGCUGACAGGAAGGGAAAAGAGACAUAGUGAGUUGUGAGAACUAGACAUCUCCCUAUGGCAAAUAGUGAGAGGCUAUAGGACGGUGCCCAGAGAACUGUCUCGCUGUCUCAGUCCUCUGUGAGCUCUCUACAACAGCGAAAGAGAGGUGGUUCUAGCAGUCAAAUUAGUGGUGAAGGGAUAAAACAGCCCUUAAGUUUCAGUUUAAAGGCAAAUUCCCCGGUUGCAGUGUGUCAGCGCUUCUCCCAUACCAGUGAUUUCUGGUACCAGCAAUGUGUUUGUUCAACAUAUAACUUGGCCCUCCUAUAUGCUGUUCCUGUUGCAUUUCAUGGUAAAUCAUGACAGCAGAUCUGCAUGGAGAUUGCUGGGAAGGAGUUCUGCCUGCUUGGUAAUUAGUGGAAAGGCAGCGUGAGCUCACUUUUCUUGCUGAAGGCUUGUCUGCACAACAAAUGAUGCUGGAGAAGUUGAAUCAGCACAGCCCAAUCCCUGUGCCUCUCUAUAUCUCCCAAAGAUGCUUUGGUUACCUCUGAGCAGGAAGGCUGUGAGUGAUUCCAGGAUAAAGAACAGUUCUCUCACCUCGGCUCCACCGGAGGCAUUACUGAAAUAUCUGUGUCAGCAAGUUCUGCCCUCAAGAAAUAGUUAAAUCUGCAGAGAAACUGUGUGUAGCUGUGAAGGCAAACAUAACGCUCGCUCCGUGGCUGCAGUGUUUAAACUGGCACACAGUUGUGUUUACACCUGAGCGUGGUGAACUGAAUUCAUGAGCAUGUUCCUUCUCAGGCGUAACAGGAGAAUCUGGCCGAAGUGAUUUUAUUAUGAGGUCCAGAACUCAGGUCAUCACAUCAGCCGUGAACACCCAGAACAAGUACACAAAAUUUGCCAGCAAAGCUCAAGGACAGGUGGAUUGGAAAAUGGCUUUGCUCAAUGCUGGCAUUUUCUUGGUAACGAGCCCAGGGGGUUAUUUGCAGCCUUUGUUCCUUUUCUUUGUUCUCAGUGACAGUAGCGAGGUUAGUUUCAUCUGAGCUGAGGACGGUGCAGGGAAUGAGGCCUGCAGAGAGAUGAGCGCUUUAGAAAUGAGGAGAGGGAGAUGAAGGGCAGGGCUGUCAGUGUUGGGGACAGGCUCUUGCGACCUGGGAUGGAGCUGUGUUUCACAUCCUUGUCUAGACUGGGAGAUUCAGUGCCUGGGGAAGCAGCAUUCUGGCCUUUGCUCAUAUUCCUGGGACAGCAAAAGGUCUAUAAUUCCUUGGUGGAGGGCCUGACCCUGCAGGACAGCUCUCUUGAGCACUGGAUGUGGUCUGGGUAUUUGGAGGGUAUUUGGAGGGAAACUUUGUCUAAUCUCGCUAAUGCCAACGACAGUCUUCCUAUUGCCUUCAGUAAGCACCUGCUCUGUUCCAGAACGCCACUGAGCUAUGCCAGGAGGGUUGGAUCCUCCUUCUCCUCAUGGCUCUAAAGUUAGUGGCAAGGGAAAAAAAAAACAUAUUAAGGAGCUGCUGGGAGCAUUGUGAAGUCUUUCUCAUUUUGCAAGCAGCCCACCUGGUGGGAUUAUUUUGCAAUUCCCAGAAAGAGACCAUCAGUCUUGGGCUCUCUCUGAAGCCCCUAACUGAAACAGGCCAUGUGUGGACUUAAUGUCAGGCUUAGAGCCAAAAUAUAUGUAUUUAAAGUGGUAAUCUAUAGUAUGCAGAUCAGAGUCUGUCAUGCAGCUGAAUAUGCCUCAGAGAAGGAGUAGAUCAGUGAGGAAACAGAACCUCUGUGAGUUCCCGUCAUUCCUUUGCUGCGUAAGGUCUUUAUACAACGCUCCACAAGUUGUAGGUAGGUCAUUUCCAGUAUUGUCUCUGGUGAUAUGACUGGUGCAUUCCCUGUUACCGCAUCACUCUCCCACUUUGUGCACAUGAAGUGUGGUCUCUGAGAUUAUAAUAAAUUUCUUAAAUAAACUAUCUCUAAAGUACAUUUAAUCUGCAUCUGUUUUGGUUGUGACAGCACUGCAGUGAGUGGAUUGUCUGAUGUGCUGGACCGGGAUGUUCAGGGUUGGAAGCACACUUACAGGAAUGGCUCCCUCAGUCCACUGCAGUUCAUAAGCAGAAACACUGCUUAAGCAGGUUUUGUGCAGUAUGAGGAGUGUUCCCGGAUCCCUGCUGUUCUUGGCUGCACUUCAUCUUUCCUUACAGACCUUAGCCGUGCAGUGCCAGAGCAGAAGCCUGUCACUAGGGGUCAGUGCCACAUCUCAGUUACGCCUGGGCAGAAUUUUUCCAGGGGAAAAAUUGCUACCUCUGAUAGUGCUACUUCAUUGAUCCUGGAGGACUGUGGAUGCAGGCAGCAGGUACCCAGUGAGAUCGCAAAGGGAUGUUCAUGCCUGGGGGGUGAGGGGGCGCCUGCUUCUCGGGGCAGUGGCUAUAGCAAGCCUGAAGGGCCAAGGACUCCCAGCUCUGCUGG